GACGGUCUGUUGUUAGUGAACGCCGAGGAGCGAAGAGAGUCCGAGCUGUCAGGAUGUGUGGGUUGUUUAUAACCACAUGACAGCGCGCUCUUCAGGUCCAUCUCUGUCGAGCAGGUCUGUCCUCCCUUUUUCCGAGUAACUUGCCUAACUUACUUGUCUCUCUUUUUGUUAUUUUCCAAAUCCAACAACCAUGUCUUUCUUUACCAAAUCCCUCCUUUCCGUUCUCUCUUUAUCUGCGGCGCUCAUUCAGCCCGCCACUGCUAGAAUUGGGGGAUACGAGGGGUGCUUCAACAGCGUUGCCAAUUAUACUCAGACCGGCUCUUACAUCUACCAGAGCGAUGGAUACUGUGUGUCCACCUGCAAGGGAAAGGGCCUGGCAAUUGCUGCCACUCAGGGACAACUCUGUGCCUGCGGCCAGGGUGUUCCUCCAGCAGCGUUGAAAGUCGCCGAUACGCAGUGUGGCAAUACAUGCCCGGGUUACCCGUACGAAAACUGUGGUGGAGACAAUGCCUGGUCCUUGUACAGUGUGGCCCAGUACAACCCCUACGCCGGCGUGAGCGUUGCUCCAGCAGUUAUCACAAGUGCUGCUUCUGCAACUCAAAUUACUCUCCCCAGCUCGACCCCGACGAGUUUCGCCGUUCAAUCGAGCCCUGCCUCUUCUAGCCAGCCAACUGAGAUCGUCAAGAAGCCAACAAUUCAGACCGCUCAGGCCAACGCGACGAAUUCCGCGUCCAACGGGCUUGGUCUCGCGUCCCCUGCCCACGCAAUUGCUGCUUCUAUCUUGACUUUCACGGCAGCUGUUAUUCCGUUCGUUCUCUACAUCUAGAGAAGUCAUGGACCAUAGGUGUCCGCUCUAAUUCUAUGUCCGCGGGACGGAAUUUUCGCAUACCCAUCCAUUCGUCAGCUGUGACCAGUCAAUAGUCCAGAAAGCUUUUCUAUUUUUGACUUUUCAAUUCCUCGUCAUUUUCAGGCGAUGCCCAGUCCUGCAAAACAAAAGUAUUAAGAGCUCCUUAUUCCCCGCGAGACUUUCCAGCAGGGGAGACAAAUGAUACCCCGUAAUUCGUCAGUGUAUUAAUCGAUCUGCCUUUUCAAGCCUAAAGCCUACCAAACUUGCAACUUGGUAGCCGAGUUUCUGUGUACCACUCGGUCA